ACUAGUGCAUGGCGGUCAAAACCCUGGAUUCUCAUAACCCUAACCCCGAAUUCACCAAUGAGUUCGCUUCGAUCGGCGCUGCUUCUUCUCUCGAUCUCCGUCUUCUUCGCCUCCGACGAUUUCAUGGCCGUUCCCUCUUGCAAGAUCUCUGGUUCAGAGGGGAAAGAUUCGAGAAAGAGGAAUCCCGGUGAUUUGGCGGUGAUGUUCGUUGCCGAUCUCACGCUGAAGGGAUCCGAUGCGAGUUUCGUCGAUCGCCAUUUCAGGGAUUUCUGUGUUUCCCAAGUUCUCAAAGGUGCGAUCUUUUUGAGAACUCGUAUUGAAUUAGGGGCUAAUUUUUUGAAAAUUACGGUGAUUCAUAUAUCUCAUUAUCGUUGCUGUUCAAAUAGUAACAUCAGUUUCCUUUCUCUUAACGGCAUUGCAUUACUUUGUGGAAAUAAUGAUCUUCGAUUUGGUGGUGUGGAUUUCAGCAACUCCGACCGGAGACCAAGUGAUGCGGCACCUGGUUCUGGGCCUGUUGUUCUACUCCACCUCCCCUUACAUGGACCAACAAGACGCACUUAUUGUGGGGUGCAGACUAUUGUUGGCCACACUUAUGAGAGUUCAAGAACGAUCAUUGAGAGAAUGGUAUUCGGUGCUCAUACACACCAGUUUGAUGACUAUCUUCAUAGCAAUGGGAUAAGAAAGGUGACUGUGCCAGCUUUGACGUGGGCUGCGAAGGCAAAACCUGGUUUCGUCAUUGCCACCUUCGGACAGAACAAGGAAGUAACAGUGAGCCACUGCUCCUUACCCAAAGAAUUGCAUGUAAUAAUUGCUUAUCUUGCAAUAUUCAUUCUGUUAAUAACAGCAGCAUCUGUAGCAAGGAGUUUUUAUUUUAUACACUUGUUUUAAUGUUGAAUAAGAGAGAUUUUCUGUGCAAUAUGCAGUUCAAUGUAUGAAUAUUAUUUGGUAAUACAUGGAAAUGAAUCCCACAGGUUCAUUA